GAACUUCCCACGUCUCUUUCUGUGGCACAAAACAAAUAAUAAAAAUAAAAACACCUCACAUGAAUUUAUUUGCCAAAACCCCCAAAUUUCUCCCUCUCCAUGAUCAUUCUUGAAAUUAACCCAAUUGUCACUCUCCUCCAAUCCACACAUGUAUUUAAUUUUUCUUUUCUAUUUUCAUUAAUAAAAACAUACCAAUACCAUUUUUCCUAUUUUUCUUUUUGGGUUUUUUGAUGUGUCAUUUUGGAUAAAAGAGAAAUUAAAUUCCAACUUAUAUACGUAACCUUAUGUAAGAUAAUUCACAUAAUAUCAAAUAUAUAUCAUCAAAUUUCUUGGGAAAGGGGUCGAGAAUUGAGAUAGAAAAUGACAGAAAAUCCCAAGCUGGAGGAUAUGUGUUCUAAUAAUCGAAGCACAACCAUGGAAGAGAAAAAAGAUGGGAAAAUAUCAGUUUCUGAUCAUCUGUCUGAUAGUUUCGUGGUGGACUUGAAUCGAUUUGCUCAUCUUAUGGAAAAAGACAUCAACAGUUCAAAUUCCAGAAUUACAUUGCAGAGAAAUCUUUCAAGAAAAGGAUCAGUGAGAAAUGGAGAGCUGAAAAUCAGUGGCAACGAUAGAGACGCCGUUACAACUUCAUCCACAGCUGGGAGCACGCCGGAAAAGCCAGGCCCAAUGGCCGUGGGGCCCGCCGAGCAGGCCCAUCACCAGAUAACCAUCAAUAGUGGUGACCCAGCUGCUGGUGGGGUCGCUGCCGAAAGCAUUAAUUCGGUUGGCCGGAGAUUCAGUUUCCGGCGAACUCGUCCGAUGACGAUUAUUAGUAAUCCUAAGCAGAUACUCGUCUUUUUUGCAACACUGUCAAGCAUUGGAACUAUUUUACUAAUCUAUUUCACACUAUCCAUGGCCAAACUCAAUUCGGAUGGCAAUGCUUCAAUCUAACCUGAUCAACUUUUUUUGUUUUACAUUCUUCGGAGCAUGUGUUUGGUUAGAACCCGAGACUUCUCAUGAGGAAAAUUUCGACUUUGGAAAGUCGCAAACUAAUUAGAGUGUACAAACAAAGAAACUGACAACUUUUUGCAGAAAAGAACAUGAGACUACCAUCAAAAUUCGGUGAAAAAGUGCCCAGUUUUUCGAUAAAGACAGUAGCGGAUGGCACCAAGGCACAUAUGAGGAAUUUUUAGAUCUUUAUUCUAUUGGGUCACAAUGGAAACGCAUGAUAUGUAUAUUUUUUUUUUUUUUUUUUUU